AUAGAGCAAGUACAGCACGCUCGUUAUCAAGUCCAGUCUCAGAGGCUCAGCGCAAGCAACAGAGUCCGAGGUAUACUCAGACUCCCAACUGCGCCUCAAGCGCUCUGACACAGCUGACGCCAGCCUCUCCUUGCUAAAUCUUUGUGAUCUUCUUCAAGACCAAGACAUCGCCCUGGUGGUGUAACUGUCUUUUGUCCGACCGUCACUCGUUCCUUCUCUCACGAAAUCGCCCAAAUGGCCUCCCGCGACUACUACAACACAAGCACGACCAACAACAACCACCCCGGCUACAACAGCUACACGACACACGCUUCUCCUUUUGACGACAACCAAUACCCAUCAUACUCGUCCUCGUACAACAAUCUCAGCCAUCAACCCACUCCCAGCGAUGGUCGCGAUCCCUUUCAAGAUGACAACGCCGUGCCUAUGCACAACUACCACGCAAAACACUCGUCGCAGUCCAGUACCGCUCCCGUCAUCACUCCAGAGUACAACGACCCUUUCGUAAGAGAUGCAAAGCCCAGGACCCGCUCAAGGCCACGAAACACUCCCGCUCCCAAAGGAUGGCGCCGUUACUUCACUGGCCGUGUUACUUGGGUCUGCUAUUUCCUGACCCUGGUACAAAUCAUUGUCUUUAUUGUUGAGAUUGCAAAGAAUGCCGUCUUGACCAAGUCGCCCAUCGAAAUCCACCCGCAAUUCAAUCCCAUGAUCGGUCCCUCGCCAUAUGUUCUCAUCAACAUGGGUGCCCGUUACCAGCCUUGCAUGCACAACAUGCACAACGUCCAAGACCGAGCCGCCGGCAACAUCUCAUGGCCAUGUCCAUGGGCCACCUCCAACACUGGCGACGAUGCCAAAUGUACCCUCUCCCAACUGUGCGGCUUUGGCGGUGUUCCUGAGCCUCAUGCCGGGGGUAGCAUCACCGAUCACCCCUACCCUAAUCAGUGGUACCGCUUCAUCAUUCCUAUCUUCUUGCAUGCUGGUAUCAUCCACAUUGGCUUCAACAUGCUGCUUCAGAUGACACUUGGUCGUGAUAUGGAACGUUCUAUCGGAAGUGUUCGCUUUACUCUCGUCUACUUCAGCGCUGGUAUAUUUGGUUUCGUUCUGGGUGGCAACUUUGCCGCUACUGGUAUUGCAUCUACUGGCUGUUCGGGCAGUCUCUUUGGUAUCAUGGCUUUGACUCUGCUCGAGCUCUUGUACACCUGGCGUGAGCGUCAGAGCCCCAUAAAGGACCUCAUGUUCAUCCUUGUCGAUGUCAUCAUCUCCUUUGUCCUUGGUCUCUUACCUGGUCUGGACAACUUCUCUCACAUCGGUGGCUUCCUCAUGGGUCUCGUUCUCGGAAUUUGCCUUCUGCGUUCGCCCAAUGCUCUUCGCCGCCGCACCGGUGAGGAUGAACCUCCUUACAGCAGCGUCGGUGCCCCCGCUGCUACUCAAGAUGCAGCAAGCCAAGGGUUACGUGUCUUUAUUAAGCAACCUGCAGGCUUCUUCAAGGGCCGUCGUGCUAUGUGGUGGGUAUGGUGGAUCGUACGCGCUCUUGCUCUCCUUGGUGUUCUCAUCGGAUUCAUCGUUUUGCUCAAAAACUUCUACGUCUGGCGCACUGGCUGCACCUGGUGCAAGUAUCUGAGUUGUAUUGAUGUCAACAACUGGUGCGACGUCGGCAACUUGCAAUUCUCAAACACUACAAGCAAGCGUGACUUGCUUGCUCUGGGCAACAGCAUUUUCUUGGAGCCCAUGACCUCUGCUUAAGAACUUAUCUGACUAAGCAUCUCACCAGAGUGGACUCGAAAGCCCAUCCAUCACGUUAAAAGACAAAGAUACCCCUUUCCUGAAGUUCGAAUAUUGGUUUGACCUGGUGUUGGCAAUUUGUUUUAGGGUUUUUUGCAUU